AACAGCAUCUACUGAAGAUGGACGAAGGCCACUGGUCCGAGCACUCACCCUCCGGAAGCUUGUGGAAGACAGGUUGUUUCCGUGUCUCAUUCGCCUGGAGGAAGGUACCCGGGGUAGAGAGGAGAGGCUGUCCUUCUCCAGCGGUGACAUCAUGGCCCUGCAGGGUUCAGUGGCCGUUAAGGAUAAGCCGUUGAUUCUCGCUCACUACAUGAACGACACCAGCAUCAAGGACUGGACGCCGACUAAAGGUAACACGGAGAUGUACCGGGCUCUCAUCAUCCUGCCAAUCGACAACAUCGAUGUCGCUAACCUCAGCAUUAGCAUAUUCAUUGACCCGUCAGGCGAAGUGUACGAGCAGUACGUCAGCACGCGCUUCUCCGACUGCAACUGGGUGGGCAGAGAAAGCGAGCUGCUGGUGGUUCUGGGCGAAGAAGAGGACUUGGACGAUAUCCAUGAAUAUCUGAACCUGGAAGAAGCACUUGAAGACUACCGGAACAUAGACGAAGAAACGAAGCUGAAGGAGGAAAGCAGCAGGCCAGCUAAACCUCCGAAGACCCUUCCAAAGCCAAAGAGGAGUUCUCAAUCCAGGCAUGCAGAUGAUGUCGGACACGAAGACCAGAGGGCGCGACAAGAAUCGCAACAAAAAGCGCAGACCACCACCCCUGAAGCCCAGAGGAUCAGUUGACACAGACCCUCCGCCACGACCUCCGAGGUCACUAAAAAAUACGCCUCCAGAAGACCUCAACACGAGACCUGAUCCAAACAGAGAGAUGUCCCCUCAACCUGGCCCCCCGCCGCCCUUGCCUCCCAGAUGUCACAAGCUGUCGGAGCAUCCCCCUCCACCCAGGGUACAUACAGAAGAGAGGAGUCUCACCUCAGCAUCGUGUGACCAGGGUGGCCCACCCAGUGCAUCGCCAGGCGCCUCCGGCCAAAGCACAGUGCAAGACGAGGGUUGGUGGUCCCAGGGCUUUACGUUUGCUGAUAUCGCCGUACCCGGGGAGUCCACGUAUGCACAAAAUGAAGGAUCGGGGCAAACGCCUGGGCUUCUGAAAAAAAAAUUCAAGAAGGU